AUGAGUAACAUGGCAACAGAGAUUGUCGCCUUUGUGCUGACCGUAUCCGGCUGGAUUCUCAUCUCUUCCACGCUCCCGACUGACUACUGGAAGGUGUCAUCGGUGGAUGGGACGGUCAUAACCACGGCGACCUUUUGGUCCAAUCUGUGGAAGACGUGCGUUACAGAUUCCACUGGGGUUUCAAACUGCAAGGACUUUCCUUCUAUGCUAGCACUUGAUGCUUAUAUCCAGGUAUGUCGAGGGCUGAUGAUCUCAGCUGUGUGUCUGGGAUUCUUCGGAGCUAUUCUGGCUCUAAUUGGCAUGAAGUGUACUAAGAUCGGGGGCUCAGAGACCACCAAAGCCAGGAUCACCUGUUUAUGUGGACUACACUUUAUUCUCAGUGGAAUCUGCUCUAUGACCGCCUGUUCUCUGUAUGCACACAGGAUAACAAAUGAGUUUUUUGACCCAUUAUUUGUGAAACAAAAAUUUGAACUUGGGGCGGCCCUGUUUAUUGGCUGGGCAGGAUCUGUUCUCAGCAUCCUUGGAGGCUUUGUCUUCUGCUUCUCUAUGACAGAAGGAUUCAGCAUCAGGGAGUACUCUUACAAUGGUGAAACAUCUUUCAUAUCAACCCAAAACAAGGUCACCAAAGUCACGAAGACCUCUGAAGUUUCUCAGGCACACCCCCCGGAUCAAAUCAGAUUCUCUGGCAGACGCUUUGGGAGGAAUGCUCCGAUGAACCGACGACAGGUUUCAAAAGAACAGACAAGGACCUCGGCUGCGCUCCACUGACCACAGGAACAUGCUGUCUCGAUUCGGAAAUUGAGUCGGAAAUCACUUAUUGCUCCAGACCUGGAGUCUCUCCUCACCUCCUGAUCAGUGGAAACUUUAGACUCUGACCCUGGAGCUUCCGCAGACUGCUGCCAGAGUCUUCAUGUCGUGUCAGAUACUUUCUUUAAAAAGGAAUCAGUGUCUCUCUGCUCAAUUUGUAAGAAGGUUUGAAAGGAUUUUGUGACAUAAUAAAAGGGAAAUUCAGCAUUUUGUCUUUUUAA